AUGACCUCUGAACAUAUAGGAGUUGUUGAUGCGCUUCCGUAUUUUGAUAAAGGAUACGAUGAUCCUGGGAUCAGAGAAGCUGCAGCCCUCUUAGUGGAAGAGGAAAUGAAACGAUAUAGACCCACAAAAAACUAUUUGGAGCACCUUCCUUCUUUAUGUGGACCAAUUCAAAUGAAAUUUGAAACUGAAGUAAUGAAAGCUGAAUUUGACAGGUUAUCAAAUCGUCUGCCCAUGGAGAUGCUAAGUAUGAAACGUUACGAACUACCACCACCUCCUGCUGGAAAGAUGACCGAUGUGAAGGCAUGGCAAGAUGCAAUGGAGAACGCUGAAGCACAGUUGGAACAUCAAGCAACAAGAAUUGAAAACCUUGAACUGAUGGCAGAAUAUGGCUGUAAUGCUUGGAAGCAAUACAAUAAUGUUUUAGAAAAUUCUCUACAAAUUUAUGAAAAGGAGCUGCUAGAAAUAAGGCGACUUGAUUUCGAUAAUCUAUGCCUUAGAUACUUGUUCAGUGAAACAAGAUUUAUCACUGCAUAUUAAUGCCAGGCUAGCGAGAUACGUAAGUAGUAAACACAGACGAUAAAACAGAUAUUGACUAGGUACUAUAAGUGGAGUGUGGUCUACUCCUUUUGGUAUGCUAAAAGGUUGAACGGAACAAAAUAAGAUAAACUUUGUUGUUGGUAAUUCUGAAAGUCGAACCUUCCCAGACAGAGAUUGUCACGUAAAAGUUGAUCUAUAAGAAAGUGUUUGUAGAAUAAGUCUUCGUGCAUGAAAUUUAGAAAUGUGCAGUAUGCGUUUUGGGUAUUAAGGCAUUUUCCAAAAAGAACAUCGCAGUUGUUUCUACUGAUUCUCAAUGCUUUUUUUCAAAUGAAAAAGUUGAAACAUAGUUCCAAGCCAGAAAUCCCCU